AUGAACAAGCACCAUCAGCAGCAGCUUUCUUUGGCAAAGAGUUCCCAGCAAAGUUGCAAUGAAUGGAUUUUCCGGGAUGUUCCAAGUGAUAUCACAAUACAAGUAAACGGGGUGACAUUUGCUCUACACAAGUUUCCUCUCGUCUCUCGAAGCGGCCGAAUCCGGAAGCUAGUUGCAGAACAUAGGGACUCUGAUAUCCCCAAGGUGGAGCUCAUGAAUCUACCUGGAGGAGUCGAGUCAUUUGAGUUGGCUGCAAAAUUCUGCUAUGGCAUUAACUUUGAAGUUACAUCCUUGAACGUGGCUCCACUCUGUUGCGUUUCGGAUUACCUCGAAAUGAACGAUACCCUUGGCUCACGUGCUGAAGAAUAUCUUGAAAGCGUUGUUUGCAAGAACAUGGAGAUGUGUGUUCAAGUUCUGCAACAAUGUGAAAAUCUACUUCCCCUCGCGGAUGAGUUGAAAAUAGUCGGUCGUUGCAUCGAUGCAAUAGCCUCGAAGGCUUGUGUCGAGCAAAUUGCGUCGAGUUUCUCCCAGUUAGAGUACAGCGAUUCAGGUAGACUUCAUGUGAACAGGGAAGCCAAAUGUGAGGGUGAAUGGUGGAUAGAAGAUCUUUCGGUUAUUCGGAUCGAUUUGUAUCAAAGGGUCAUCAUCGCCAUGAAACGUCGCGGUGUUCGUCCCGAGAGUAUUGGUGCAUCCCUUGUGAAUUAUGUGCAAAAGGAGCUGAUAAAGAAAGUUGAUUCGGUUUCGGCAGAGCACGAGAGACUGGUGAUCGAGACAAUCAUCAGCCUUUUGCCUAAUGAAAAACUUGCUGUUCCUAUAAGUUUCCUUUUUGGACUCCUUAGAAGUGCCGUGAUGGUUGAUUGCACUAUUGCUUGUAGGCUUGAUCUAGAGCGAAGGAUCGGAUCUCAGUUAGAUAUUGCAACUCUCGAUGACCUUUUGAUCCCGACUUUUCGACACGGAUGCGAGGCCUUAUUUGAUGUCGAUACGGUUCACAGAAUCUUGGUAAAUUUUUCUCAGCAAGAUGAUUGUGUCGAUGAUAUGGAUGAUGUAUCCAUUUUCGAAUCCGAUAGUCCUCAUUCGCCAUCCCAAAGUGCAUUACUCAAAGUUUCGAAACUAGUGGAUAACUAUCUUGCAGAAAUUGCUCCUGAUGCAAAAGUCAAGCUUGGUCAGUUUAUGGCAAUUGCAGAGGCUUUACCUGCACAUGCUCGUACCAUCCAUGACGGCCUAUAUCGAGCGAUCGAUAUAUACCUGAAAGCUCAUCAGGGUAUACUGGAAGCAGACAAGAAGAAACUAUGCAAAUUAAUUGAUUUCCAAAAGCUCUCACAAGAAGCUGGUGCACAUGCUGCACAAAAUGAACGACUUCCCCUCCUAUCAAUGAUCCAAGUUCUUUAUUUCGAGCAGUUAAGGCUACGAAAUGAUUUAUGCUGCUCUUAUACCGAUGACGGCAAGUCAGCACAUCACCGCCAAUCACGGCGGAUCAGCAGCGGAGCACUCAGUGCAGUGAUGUCUCCUGGAGACAACUAUGCGUCUCUGAAACGAGAAAACCGAGAGCUAAAACUCGAGCUCUCUCGUAUUCGGAUGAGACUAAAUGAUCUAGAGAAGGAACACGCUUAUAUGAAGAGAAACAUGGCAAGGUCUCAUUCUCGUAGAUUUAUGAGUUCCUUCUCGAGGAAAAUCAGUAAACUACGCUUCUUCGGACAAGGCUCUUCGAGAGGAUCGAGUUCUCCCUCGAGGCAAUCCUACCAAACAGAUUCAAAGGCGAUUGAGAGAACAUGCGCAAGCCAAUAGUGAGUAAUUAAAAUCACAUGCCUUUAUUUGCACUGAGAAGACAUAGUUCU